GCACGAAAUUUUCUCGGCCAGCCAGCCAAAGCAAAAUUCGUCGUCGCGGGGUUCGGGUGGAGAAUAACGACAUGAUUGUAGGUAGAUAGGUUACCUAUAGUAGGAUUUUUUUCACGUCUGCUGCUAGUAGGUUCUAGUUAUUAUUGGUGUAAUUUGGCAAGGUUCAGCGGAAAAAAAACAGCAACACAUAAGUUUUCGGAACGAUAUCCGUCGCUUGGUGAUGAUUUUGGGUGUUCCGCGUCGCGAGCCUGUCGAAAUGUAUGGGACCGGAAGUGACUCGGGUGCGUUGUUGGGGUGUGUAGAUUGAAAAAUAAAUCCAAUCACUGCAGGGUUUUAGCGAGAGAAGUGAGUGGUGGGGAAGGUGUGUUUUUUUACGAGCAAAGGUCAUUUGUUGCUUCAGUCAGCCAAAUGGGGACAGGAUAGAAGAAUCCCAAUUGUGCCAAAUGGCCAUCAAGCGAAACCGCAGAGUUGUAAUUGUUGAAGAAUAACCAUUCUGGUUUUUUGUUACCUUUUGGAUAUCGAUCAAAGCGUUUCUUGAGACGAAUGUUCAACCCCAAAGGGACCAAUCGUUUGGGCGUAGUUGAUUCUAGAACAUCCGGAUUUCCCUAAACAACAGCAAGCGCCAGUAGUGUUAGCUUAAGUGAUGUGUGUAUAAACCCCCACAAAGCUGGACGGCCUAGAAUACUGGCUAAGAUAACCUAUGUACUGCGAUGAAGAGAAAGAUUAGAUACGCCUACCCAUGGUAUCAAUUAUUCUGGUGAAGAAGUGCUCGAGUAAAGGAAAAAAGUGAUAUCGUACAACCACAAACUGUACACAACACAACACAUAAGGAGGGACAAACAACGAGGCCAACAACAUUGGCCCCUCAAUCUACUAGCCAGCCAGCUAGCUAGAGACUAAGCUGCCAUGAAAAACACAUUUUUCUAGUAAAUUGGCACCUAUCCGUACCUGUCCGCGCUACUGCUCCACAAACCUCCUCCACGUACCGCACUACGCAAGAAGAAGCAAAACGACGACGACGUCGACCAACAUCCUUGAAUUUGGUUUGUGCAGGAAGAACGUGUGCGAGCGAAAGUGCCCAACCUAAGGGAAGGCUUGGUUGAGUCCUGUUGUAGGGAUAUGAUGAAACGGACCGAGACCAAGAAGGCCUUCGGCACUGGUGGAAGUUGUUCCAGUCCUAGUGCGACGCAGUGCAAUGAUUGGUGAAGAAAGCGUCUGCUAUUCCGCGCUCAACAUCCCCCAAGGGCUGCCAAUGAUGAUAGUCAUCGACCUGACCACUGAACAACAAGAGACGACAACAACGCCGUCCCAGUGGCAAAGGUGGCGGCACCGCCAGAGACUCAUCUCAGCAGAAACAGAUCCGCGCCGCGACUAAAUCCCGUGACACCCCUAUUACUAGUUACCGAAACAAUUCUCCGCCAAGCUACACCUAAAAGUGGUCGUCGUCUGGCGAUCGAUCGCAGGCGUUGAUGCGUACCGCGAGGCGCGUAUCAUAUUGCGUGUGUGAUUUCAUGAAUGAUGAAUGGACCAAUUGAGCGGGGGACCCCCACGUCACCCCAACAAACCUCUUCAUUCCGAUGAUGACCGUGACCGGCAACCUUGAGUCGAAAGUAAGAGUGAAGAAUUUAUACAACACAACAAGCCUUUACGCUGCUGCUGCUGCUGCUGAAGAGAUUGAAGGAAAAAAAAAACAAUCAACAAGUGUGUAACCGCGCGUCGCGCUACGCUUUUAUAUGUGUAUCUGUAUGUGCUCUUGUGAUUGAUACUAAUUUUAAACCUGAACCAACACGUUCAUACCAAUAACAACAAGUGGCUGCAGCCGUACGUAAUUGAUACCGGAGUCUAAAACAAGAAAAGUGCUCGCAGCAAGGACGUCAGCCGGAAGGGGGCAAAACACUAACAGAAGAUCGCUCGAAGAUAAAGAUAAAAAAAAGCUUCGUUCAAUCGUUAGUAAAAAUCGGUUUCAACUGGUUUCUGUUAACUGAUAGAUGUUCAACGAGCCAAUGUUUUGGUCGAAACUAGUCAGGUCGUUGUUCAAUGGAGCAAGUUGAAACUAGUCGAAACCAAUCCAGCUCGGCAGCAGGAUUAGUUUCGACUUGGUAGAAGUCGGUCGAAGUCAAUUGGAAAGAGACAGGUGAUCAACUAUCAAUCCAUUUCUACUUGUUUCGACCCGUUUCUACUAGAGAUGAUUGAACAGACAUAAAAUACACCAACCUGUAGGAUCUUUGCUGCUGUGACAAAUCGAAAAUCAUGAUGUCGGAGACAACGUCCAACCAUCGGCGCUCGACGUCGUUCACGACGAUGCCCCCAGUGCUAACCGAGAGCCAGAAGGGUUCCGUCGAGGACAUCCAGAUCUCGCUGGCGCCGUACAUCCAGAGCUACCUGACCCAGAUGGACCGGAGGCACUCGUGCUGUAGCGUCAUGUUGCCGGUGGCAUUCGAGCGGGCUGCACCGCGUUCCUGGUUCGAUCCCCGGUUCGAUUCGCCGGUGCUGGAGGGCCAGUACCAGGCCAGCGUUUUCCCGCAGAUACGACUCAAGUUUCGGUUUGCACUGUUCUACAUCCUGCUCUGCUCGUUGGUGUGGCUGAUUUACUUCCUGUUGGGUGGUGGUCCGACCCGCUACAGCCUGCUCACCGUCGCCAUCGGCCUAAUACUGGUGUUCGGCCUGGUGGGCAUGUGGGUCACCCACACCGAUGCCUACCGGGCCUACACCGAUGUGAUAUCGUCGGCGUGCGCCAUUUUGCUGUGCCUAUUUUCGCUGUUCCUGAUGCUGUUCACGGAUAGGUCACUGAGCCCUCUUGGGCAUUUUUCGAUCUGCAUCGAGAUCGUGAUGCUGAUCUACACGAUCAUUCCGCUGCCGCUGUGGCUUUGUGGCAGUAUAACGGUAGCGUAUUCUGUGUGCUUUGAGGUGUUGUCUUUUUUCCAUCAACACCAUUACGAUCAGCAUCCGCACAUCGACGAUCUGGAGGGUCCGGAGCGAAUCGAGGCUGCCGAUGGCAGUAACUUUGUGUACAAAAUUGUGAUCAUACGAGUGUUGAUACAGCUGUGUGUGCAUUUAAUGGGGGUGCAUAUUUUGAUAAUGACAGUGGUUCGAAUGCGGGGGACCUUUAUGAAGGUGGGUCAAAAUUUGCUGGUACGAAGACAGUUGGAAAUGGAGAAACAGUUGAAGGAGAAAAUGAUUCACUCGAUGAUGCCGCCGAAGGUGGCCGAUCUGUUACUCAAAGAAAGUGGGAGUGUUGUGAAGGGUAUGAGCUUCGAUCAGUGUCCACCGCGAAGAGCAACGCCGUCGGAUUUAAAGAGUUUGUUUCGACCGUUUCACAUGAACAGCAUGGAGAACGUGUCGAUUCUGUUUGCAGAUAUUGUGGGCUUCACGAAGAUGUCGUCGAAUAAGACGGCCGAGCAGUUGGUGGAAAUUUUGAACGAUCUCUUCGAACGAUUCGACGAUCUUUGCCUGAUGAAUGGGUGCGAGAAGAUUUCCACAUUGGGGGAUUGCUACUAUUGCGUUUCGGGUUGUCCGGAACCGAGACCGGAUCAUGCCAUUUGCUGUGUGGAGAUGGGUCUGGGGAUGAUCCAAUCACUGAGGGUUUUCGACGCUCAGCGUCAAGAAGGAGUUAAGAUGCGAGUGGGAGUUCACACGGGUACCGUGCUCUGCGGAAUCGUUGGUACAAAACGGGUAAAGUUCGAUGUGUGGAGUAAUGACGUUACUCUGGCCAAUAGAAUGGAGUCCAGUGGUCGUCCCGAUCAGGUUCACGUUUCGGAAGAAACGUGCAGUUUUCUGGGCGAUGCCUACAUCAUAGAAGAGGGCGAAGAAGUUGAUGGCCACCGCACCUACUUCGUGCUAGGAAAGAAGCAAGAUCUGGUCAGCUCGAUAACGGAGGGCCUUUCCAGUCUGGGCCUUCCCGGAGAUGGAAGUCACCUGCUGGCGACAUCCCCACUUGAUGGGGACCAUCCCAACAAUCAUCAUCACCAACAGCACAACCAUCAUCAUCAUCUGUGCGGGGUCGGUGACGUAAGCUGUCUCUCGCAGAGCACCACCAACCUAUCGUCGAUCCAUCAUCCGGCAGUUCCGCCAGCGUCACCGGCUGGUCCGGUUUCGUCCUCGCUGAACGCUUCACCCGUUUCGACGCCUCGACCUCGGAUAGCAUCGCUCUCGAAGAUGACCAAAUUUCUGAAAGGGAUGACCAGCGGGGCCAACCAUCAGGUAAAAGAUCUUGAAAAGCCUAGGAUAAUUGUAAGCACCAAGUCGAUGCCGAACGGAAUCGAUUCCGACGGGGAAGGUUACGACGAUGGACUGACGGUUGCCGUUACGACCGAGAAGUUCGGUAGAUUUAGGAACUGGAAAAUGGGUAAGUUAUUAAAGAAGAUCGAGUCAGGGCCAGGAACGACGGCGGGUUUGGCAAUCAAUGGCGGUAGCCAGUUUACCAAUGUAGUUCUGGCUCCGGAACUGCAAGUUAAAGACUGUGAUAUUAGUAGAAAAUGUGACGAAGUGCCAUGUGUAGUGGAACAGGCGGGUGGGUUGACGGGUGCCGGCUACCAGCAGCUACCGAUCGUGAUCGUAACCCCUAGACCGAGUUGUCAUACGUUGGAUGUGACAGGUUGCACCAUACCGCCAGGAGUACGAUCACGAGAUCGCGAGGGCUCGAAAUCGAUCAGCGGAGGUUGUGGGGCCGAUAACAACUCGAGUUUAAGUCAGAAUUCGGUCUUCGAUGAUAUCAUCGACGUGAGGUCGUACAUUUCAGCCAGUAGGAGCGACAUAUCGCCCUUCGCUAGGACCGGUAGCUAUAGGUCCCAGUGCGAGAAAACUUCGCUGGUAACGGAGGCACCCAGUGGGCGGCCACGAAGUUCCACGAUCGCUGCUAACGGCACCGAUAUGAAUAGUCGGCACAGUUCACUAUGUCCCAGUGGUAGACUGAUUUGCGAUGGAGCUAGUCUGUGUCCGUCGGCCACAUCUCGGAAGGAUUCGGGCAUUCGAUCCAAUAGCAGGCGGUCCAGCAUUCAGCAGCACAUCAUGCUCAUGAAUCAGAGUGCCGCCCUAUCAGCGCAUCGAGUAUCCGGAUACUUCACUAGCUCUCAAUCUAGUCUCUCGGCAGUUGUUGCCGCGGCCGCUGCAACGGUCACCGAACCAUCGAUAGCCGCGUUAAAAUCCAAUGGAGAACUGAACGACUACCACUGCGUGAUCAAGGAACCUCAUCCGGAUCCACUGGCGGCGUGUCUCCAGCAGCUGCGAAAGCAAUCGGAUUUGCAACUGAUACGCUGUGUGCGAGACAAUGCACGAAGCCAACGAAGUUACCUCGUCAAACCUCCAUUAGCACCGAUUUCGCUACGUUUCAAAUCCCGGCAGAUGGAGCACGAGUUCCGCUACAAGGCGCAUCGUUUUGGAAACGAACCUGACCUCGAAGAAGGUCCCCCAACGCUUGCCACCCCCAAAUACAACACCUACAUCGAUAUUUUCGUAUCGUUCUUAAUCUACCUUGCCACCUCAACGUCACUAUUCCUACUCUCGCCUUCUACAUAUCUAGAGUCGUACAAAGUGUGGGUCUGCAUUUUUAUGGCAUUUAGUACCCUGCAGCUUUUCGCGAUCUUCAUCUGCACCAAGCAGGUCUGUCGAAGGACCCACAAGUUUGCCCGUCGAUCGCGACCCCUUAAUACCCAGAGCUGUUUCGACUCGCUACUUCGGCUGAUCUCCAACUGGUACCCGUGGCAUUUGUGCGGCGCCAUCAUGAUGUCCCUGCCGGUCGUAUCGAUACUAACCAACUUCUCCAUGAUGGAUGUAACGAAGUUCAAAAUUUUCGAAUUCCACUACGGCUUCCUGAUGUUCAUCUGCGUGAUACACUUCUGCAACUUUACGCAGCUCAACUGGUGGAUGAGGAAUGCUUUAGCUUUCUGCACCUCGGUAGCGUUUGUUCUGAUCGCCAUUACGCACAUGUUGGAGCUGAAACGAAGUGAUCUGGCAGCUGCAGCCAUUGCCAAUAACGGGACUAGUAAUAAUGGAACGGAAGCUUUCAACGGGACAACCGUUGAUCCGGAGCUGCAUCAAGCACAGUUCGAUUGGUUCAACGACUACCGGAUCGAAAUCUACGUCGAUCUUGUGUUGCUGCUGGUGUUGGUUUGCUUCCUCAAUCGAGAGUUCGAAAUCAGCUACCGGUUGAGCUUCUACGGAAGUGCAGUCGCCAAUCAGGACAAGAUCCGGGUGCAGAACAUGAAGAACCAGGCUGACAUGCUCCUGCACAAUAUCAUUCCCAAGCACGUGGCAGAACAGCUAAAAAAUACAGCCAAAUAUUCGGAGAAUCAUCACAACAUCGGCAUCAUAUUUGCCAGUAUAGUAAAUUUCAACGAAAUGUACGACGAAUCAUAUCUAGGUGGUAAGGAAUACUUGAGGGUACUUAACGAACUGAUAGGGGACUUCGACGAACUGUUGGCAAGGCCCGAGUUUCGCUGCGUGGAAAAGAUCAAAACCAUCGGCAGCACAUUUAUGGCGGCCUCCGGGCUGGAUCCGAGUAGUCGCGGCGAGGACUUCGAACAUCUGUACACGCUGAUGGAUUUCGCCAUCGCCAUGCAACAGGUGGUCGAUUCUUUCAACCGGGAUCUGCUCGAGUUCAACCUGAUUAUGCGAGUGGGGUACAACUUUGGGGACGUGACGGCCGGCGUUAUCGGUACCAGCAAGCUGUACUACGACAUCUGGGGUGACGCCGUGAACGUGGCCUCAAGGAUGGAUUCUACAGGAGUCCCCGGCCGGAUUCAGGUUGGCAGUGCCUGCAUCCCGGUGCUAACCGAGCGCUACGAUUUCGAGCCCCGGGGCAAAGUUUACGUCAAAGGUAAAGAUCACAUGGAGGUGUACCUGCUGGUAGCCAAAAAGCCCGAUCUGCUGGGACCACCCGAGCUGGACUUUGAUCCGGUGUAGAUAGGCGUCGAUUAGCUGGAAUUGGUUUUCCUUCGUUCUAGUUUCGAUUUGGCUGUCAAACAAAGUCGCAACAGACAAAACGCCUAAACCUGAAAGUUAGCUACUUUAAAGCUAUCUACGAAAACCUAUAGACCUUAACAGGUGGUUUCAGUGUCAUACAAUCACGUUACAGCUUAGAAAGCCAAACAACUCUUUCGCGAAGAAACGGAUACACUCCUCCUAGAGUCGGGUUUUUUAAAGAAAAAAAAACGUUAUAGAGCAAGCAAACAUCUUCGGAUGUUCUACUAAUGUAUAGCAACCUAAUACGAGAAUUGUUAAGCUCCAAGAAAAAAAAACAAAUUCUAAACAUCACUUCAGAAUCAGAAUCAUUAGUAGAAACCGUUCAUUGCCCGAAACAGCCAGUCGGGCACUGGACUAUGCGUGCACAUACACACACGAGUUUUGAAGUGGUUUUCUAAAUAUUUAUGAGCGUUAUUUCGUACGUACCAUAGUAUAAUAUUUAGCUAAUAAACAAGAAAAGAAUAAACUAUUGGUCUGAAACGAACAAAAUACCAAUAAUCGUAACCUAGAACUGUUAUAUAUUAGGAAACGUUAAAGAUUAAGAAGAAAAAGUAGCUCCCCAUACUAUUGUUGAUAGAUUUCCCUCUUGCCAUUUUUUUAAAUUAAUGAAUAGCCUACAUGUAUAUACUUUUAUGUAAAUUGUACAAAAAAGAAAAACUUCAAUAUUUCCUACAAACGACCAGAAUACAAAUAUUGAUAAAGAAAAUCGAUUCCUAAAAAUGAAGAAAAAUCAAUGAAAGAUCAAGCGAAGAAGCUCCUCUUUUGCUACCGUAGGGCGAUUGUUUCAACCAUACACAAUACCCAAACGACAAACAAUGUACAUUACGUGCCUUUCUCUCAAUCUCUCUCGAAAAAAAAAAAACAAAUCCUAACAUGUUUCGAAACAUCACCCUGUCACCAAUUAUCAUAUCCGUUGGAAGCUUUUCAUAUAUAAAUUUUUAACUACUUACGGAGCUCGAAAAACGCUUCUCAAAGCUGCCUACCCUGCGUACACUUUUUCAAACAAAUGUUAAAAACAUUUCCAACUUUGCCUUAUUUGUCUAGAACCUCUCAGAAACUCACUUAGCUUUCGACGGGAGUUUGAUUUUCAAAGGAGUUAAAAAUUUGCUUCACAUUUGGAUCCUGAUAAGAAAGAUAAUUUUUUCGAAACACUAUUUUUCAGGAAAGUAGUAUUUUGACAUUACCAAAAUUAUCAACUAUACGAAAUUUAGAAGCGAAAUUUGCGAUUUCAAAUUGUCCACAAAACAAAGGCUAUACAAUAUGCUUGCGUUUGGGUCGUACAAAAAGUAAAUCUGGAUUCGGGAAAAAAUCACAAAAAAAAUAUUUUCUUCUUUCAGUUUUUUUUUCAUUUCAGCUAAACCUUCCUAUUGACUUUGAUACUUUUCUUGAACUACCAUUAAUUUGAACGAAAUACCUACAAAUGUCACUAGUUUUUAUCUAACUACUUGUAAUUUUCCCAAGCUUCUGGUAUUUUUUUUCAAAAUACCUGAAAUUUUACCAAAAUAUUUUUCCCAACGUCCUGUAUUUUUCAUCGGUUUAUCUAUAAUUUUUACUCGUCUUUCAGUAAUUUUCAAAUAAAGGAAAUUGUAAAAUUUCCCUAGUCUUUGAUACUUUUCUCGAGCUACUGGUAAUUUUUAUCGAAAUAUCUCAGAUUUAUAUCAAACUAAUGGUAAUUUUUACUGAACAUUUGACAAUUUGAAUUAAACGAGCAAUUUCUAUCAAUUUGUAGGAACUACCGGUAGUUUUCACGUAAAAAAUGUGAAUUUUCAAUCCUUUUCCCGAGCUUCUAGCUAAUGAUGAAUAUUAUCUGGCAGCAAACUAUAACAUUCCGGUAGUUAUUAUUAAACUUUUAACUCUGUAAUCGAACCGAACUAUCGGUGCUUUAUUUUUCGGUUUUUCGGCUUUAUCGGUUGUUUUUUAACUAACGGUAAUUUUUGUAUAACAAACUGUUGAAUGUCAGUAAAUGAAAGUAAAAAAAAAUAAAAAAUAAGCAAUCUGAAAUUCAUUUUUUUUAGAAAUAGCCGAUAUGUUUGCUAAAAUAAUCUAUAAUGAAAUAAUUCUUACUGGAUUUCCUGCAAUUUCUUCUUAACAAAUUGUCAAAUUUCAGUUGCUUUGAAUUUCACUGAGCCGUCAGUAAUUUCAACCUAGGUAUUGUAUUGACUGUAACAAACUGUAAAAUUUCAUUCUUUUUUCGAAUAAAGAUUGUUUUUCGACUACCGGAAAAUUGUUUCUUGCAAACUGUAUAAUUUCGUUAUUAUUUACCGGAACAUCUGUAAUUUCUACCCGGUUGUCUAUAAUUUUCAUCGAACUGUAAAAGUUAUACAAUGUUCAUCGAACUGUUAAAUUUCAAUAGUUUGUUUAGGACUACCGGUACUUCUCUAGAACUACUUAAAAAGAACUGUAAAAUUUCUACAAAAGUUAUUGAACUACUAGUAUUUUUAUGACCUAUACUGUAAAAUUUCUCUUGUUUGAGCUACCGGUAAAAUUGGUCCUAAUAACUGUAGUUUUACCGUUAGUUUUAAGAAACACUUCCAUUUUUUGCGAAUUGGAACGGUUAAGUUUUUGUAGGUUUUGUUUUACAGUCGGGCGUUGUCCGCAUAUGGAAAUUUCCAUAAAAAAUCAGUAAUUUUGAACAUCUGGAUUUUUAUCGAUCGUAACGUUGGAUCGACGCCAAACAAAAAAAAAUCCGCGGUCAUUCGAGCUAACUGGAUUAACCGAACUCGCUUAUUUCUAUUUCUUAUUAUCAAAUUACUAAAUGCUUUUUUAUUCAAAAUGAAAUCCAAGAUACAUAGCAUCCAGAUUUACUUUCUGUUAAUUGUUUUAAAACUUUAUUCCGGGAUAAGAAUUUAAAAUACAAAGAUUCUCCAUUUUUUUUAAUUUUCGUCCGUUUUGUUUUCUUUUUAAGACAUUUAAACCGAAAACCAACGAAGUAGACGCCUAUUCUAAAGAGAAAGAAAAAAUAAAUAAACACAAGCCGAAAAUCCCCAAUCGUAACUACUCGUGCCAAUGAUAUUUUUAAAACAUAGUAACUGGUAGCGAAAAAAAACUAGAACACAUAAAACAUACAAAUAGCACAACUGGAAACCCUGCUCUUAAUGUCUUGCCAAUACAUAAAUUCGCUCUUUUCUUGCCUUAACUGCUUAGUCAUUUUUAAAUAUAGCCUAUUUAAAUUUAUUUCGAUUUUCCUCAAUAAAAAAAACAAUUCAAGAAUACAGAGCACAAUCAAUAGUCCAUGAAGCACUCACAAAACACACUGAUAGAUUUCAUUUUUUUACACCGGAUCUUAUUAAUGAAUCAUUUUUCAAAACUAAUUCACUUUGUAAGAUUUGACUUUUUCCCUUAAUCAAAAAAACAUCUGAAACCGGGUUAUUUUUGUCCCGAUAAGGUGGCUAAAGAAUAAUAGAGGACUGCAAGUCCAAACUACUUAAGCAAACUGAUAAAAGCAUAUCACCUGAAAAGUUAACACCCAUACAGCUGUAAAACAGAUGUCAUCGGAAAAAGUAGAAACGUGUAUUGAGAUCUUUGGCACUCCGUUAUUUACUAAAAUAAUCAUUUUCGCAAGUUUGUCAUUGUUUUUGUUUUAAAAUUUAGCAAACUAAAAGUAACAUUUACAUACAGUGAGGCACCAUCUUUGUGUGGUAGUUUUGUGAAAAAAACAUCAUCGUUCGUCGUUGUCUGUGUGGGGCACUAAUGAUUAGAAAAAAAGAAAAUACGUUUAGAAAUUAUUUAAAACAAUAGAACAUCAACAAAAAAUGAUAUUGAGAUUAUAUACAACAUCUUACACCAAGUUAAAUGUAAACGAGUUCUACAUUCAUACAUGUAUUGAAGCAUAUAAUACCAUUAUGUAGCAUUCAGAUUCGUGUAAAUUUAUAAGAGAAAGUUAUACAUGUUUGAGUGUAUUUGUAUUUUAAGCGAAGCCAACAAACAAGUGUUGACGACUACCACUAUUCUUACUUGGCUGAAGGCAAUGCAAGUGCAAUGCAGUUUAAUAAAAAAGAAGUACACAAACCUCCAGAUAAAUAUACCCUACUUGUUAACAAGUACAAAGUCUGUUUAUAAACAUAUAAGAUUUAUCUCAAUAAAACAACAGUGAAUAAAAAAACAUCAACACACGAUUAGAGAUAGUUCACAAAUACCACCACAACAAAGUAGCUGAAACAAACACUCUCACAGAAGGACACACACUCACAAAUAUGCAAGCAAAUUUUUAUUUUAAAAACAGAAAAAUCCCAUCAACAACACCAGUCAAUGAAUAGCAAAAUAAAAAAAACACACAAUUAUCAUACAAUCUUCUUUGUAAAAAAAUAUUAAACAUACUACUAGUUCAGUGUUAGUAAAAUCACACCUGCGUAGCAAAGGAAAAAAAAUAACAACAACAAUCUAUAAAUAUCGUUUGAAAAAGAAAAUCACAAACAUACACACUUACACCACCAUAAGCGUAAACCAAGAAAGAGAAGAAAAAAAAACAAACAAAAACAAAAACACGACAAACGGAAAAGCAAGAUAAGCAAUGGAAUUGAUUUAAAAUAAAACUAGCUCAAAUUACGGUCUUAGGAAAAGAAAUUUUCUACACAAUAUGUGCACUAUGUAUGGAAUCGUUAUCAAACUGAAGUGUUCUAGAUGCGACUACUUAUCUAAAGAAGAGUAAUCGUUUGAAUUGAAACAAAUAUCAAAAAAAGAGAAAACUGCUUUGGAGCAUAUGAACCUUUUUGACAGGAGUGAAGUAGAUGAUCGCAGUAUGCGUGUUAAAAAAUACUGUCGGUCGUAGGCAACUGAAUGUGAUUCUAAAGGACAAGAAAAAGAGUCGUCGAAAAGCUACUGAACAAAUCCCAAAAACAGAAAAUUAAAACGAACUUAAACCCCUGCGGCUGAGUGUUUGUGUGUGUGUGAUUGAAACAAAAAUUUUACUCACACAUUCACACUCGCUCACACAACAAUCAUCAUAAACCUUGAUGCCUGGUAACCGCAAACCAGAAAAAACAGGCUAAUCAAAGCCUAUGUCUAAAAAAAGGAACAAAAGAUAGGACUUCUAUUCAUUAUAUGAAAACUUUCAAAACAUGAGAGCAAAGCGGAAGUUUCCAAACACAACUGUCUUAAAACAAUGAACAAACAAACCACUUUGAAGAAGAAGAGAAAAAAAAAACUUAGAACCAAACUAUUGAAUUAUUUGCUGUCG